AUGAACAUUUCCAACCACAAUUAUUCCGUCGACAACAAUAAUAAUAUUGCUGGUUAUAAUUCAAUCAAUAAUAUGAACAACGCUCGUCAAAAUCCCGCCAAUCAUGAUUUGACUAGUCAUUUGGUUAUGAUCAAUAAUAGUUUCGUUGGUCAUGAUACUCUCCAUAACAUUGUAGACAAUUCAAUCAAUAAUAUGAACAACGCUCGUCAAAAUCCAACCAGUAGCAAUAUCUCCAGCAAUGAUUUGACUAGCCAUUUGGGUAUUAUCAAUAAUCAUUUUGUUGGUCAUAAUACUCUUCGUAACACUGUUGACAAUAAUUUCUUUGGACAGAAUUCAGCCAAUGAUAAUAAUAACAAUUUGGACGCAACUAAUAAUCACAGAAGAGAUCAGUUAAUUUUUAUAGCAAUUCAAUUCCAAAACAUUGUGGAUCAAUUGUUAUUGGAUGACAACAGCAACAACUAA